AUGAAUCUUGCACAGCCAUCAAGUUUAACAUUUGUUCUAUUUUCUGUUAAGCUAGUCCUUUUUCUCGCUAUACGUUUCUUUAGGUCCACGAAACAGAAAGGUCAGCUUCCUCCGGGGCCACGGGGAUGGCCUGUUAUUGGAAACUUGGCGUACCUCAGCCUAAACCGACCAACUUACCUGUGGCUACACGACGUCAUGGAAAGCAUGAAAACGGAGAUAGCUUGCUUCCGUUUCGCACGCGUUCACGUCAUCACUGUAACCUCAAGCGAGAUUGCUCGAGAAGUGGUUAGAGACAGGGACGAGGCUUUUGCUGACCGAGUGGAGUCGUACUCGAGCAAUAUCAUAAGCGAAGGCUAUAAGGACGUGAUUUUUUCUUUCUACGGGGAGAGGUGGAUGCUGCUAAAGAAAAUGAUGGUGGCCAAACUAAUGUCACCGACAAUGCUGAAGAAGUCCCUAAGUGAUAGAACUCUAGAAGCGGAUAACAUCGUUGCGUAUGUCUUCAAUUUAUGCCAAUUAGGGUGUACAAAAACAAAAGUCAAUGUGAGAGACAUCACGGGUAUUUAUUGCCAUGCCGUGAUGAUGGUGAUGAUGUUUGGUCGGAGGCAUUUUAUAGAAGCGACCGAGAAUGGUAAUGGUCUCGGACCGAAAGAGAAAGAACACAUGGACGCAAUAUAUCGGUCUCUUGAUUGUUUUUUCAGCUUUAACGUAACGGAUUACAUCCCUUGUCUUAGAGGAUGGAACCUAAAUGGAAAGGAGGCGGAAGUUAGAGAAGCGGUUGAUAUAAUCAACAAGUGCAACGACCCGAUCAUCCACGAGAGAAUGCAUUUGUGGAGGGACAAAGGUGGAAAAGAGACGGGAGAAGAUUGGCUUGAUAUCUUAAUCACGCUAAAAGAUGACCAAGGAAGGUUCUUAUUCACAUAUGAUGAGAUUAGAGCUCAAUGCAAGGAUAUCAAUAUUGCGACCAUCGAUAAUACGAUGAAUAACGUGGAGUGGACUAUAGCAGAGAUGUUGAAUCAUCCAGAGAUUCUGGAGAAAGCCACAAAUGAAUUGGACAUGAUAGUUGGCAAAGACAGAUUUGUGCAAGAAUCAGACAUACCACAACUCAACUACAUCAAAGCUUGUAGCAGAGAAUCUUUCCGGCUUCACCCAGUCAAUCCGUUCAUGCUGCCUCACAGAGCUCGAGAAGAUACUACCCUCGCAGGUUAUUUUGUCCCCAAAGGUAGCCAUAUUCUUGUGAGUCGUCUAGGACUUGGUCAGAAUCCUAAGAUAUGGGACGAACCAAAUGUUUUCAAACCAGAACGACACCUCGAUGGACAUGGUGGGAACUCACUGAGCGUGAGUUUAAUGGAACCGGAUAUGCGGCUCGUGACAUUCGGCACCGGUAGGCGUGGCUGCUUAGGAUCUAAGAUUGGGAUAUCUAUGACCAUCAUGUUACUAGCCAGGCUUCUCCAAGGUUUCGAAUGGAGCCACCUUCCUGGUACAAGUAAGGUCGAUCUCAUCCCAGCAGAUCGUAAUUUGUUCAUCGCGAAGUCUCUACUGGCAUCUGUGAAACCUAGAUUGACUCAGCGUAUGUAUCCGAAAUUGCAAACAAGGUGA